ACCCUAAAAUUUCCCAUCUUCUUCUCCAUCUUUGUGGCCGCCUCUCCUUCCACACACAAGCACACACACUUGCAGAGAGAUUUCCUCUCUUACCUUGUUCAAUAAGAAAAAAUGGGUCGUGUUCGUACGAAAACAGUGAAGAAAUCAUCACGACAAGUGAUAGAACGGUAUUAUUCAAAAAUGACACUCGAUUUUCACACAAACAAGAAAAUCUUGGAAGAAGUAGCAAUAAUCCCAUCAAAGCGUCUUCGUAACAAGAUUGCUGGGUUUUCCACCCAUUUGAUGAAACGGAUCCAGAAGGGUCCGGUCAGAGGUAUUUCGCUGAAACUUCAAGAGGAAGAGAGAGAGCGUCGCAUGGACUUUGUGCCUGAAGUUUCGGCUAUCAAAACUGAUCAGAUUGAGGUUGAUAAGGAGACUAUUGACAUGCUUUCUGCUCUUGGUAUGGCUGAUAUGCCUGGUCUCGUCCAGGUGGACCCUGUUGCUGCUGUGCCAGUUGCCCAGUUUGGGUUUGGUAGAGGUGCUGGUGGACCUGGCAGGAGAUUUUGAAUGGGUUUAGGACUUUUGUUUUGAGUAUGGUGACAUUGCUACUGUUUUAAAUUUAGUUUCUUCAAGUAUUUUGGGAACUUGCUAUAGCUGUUGAAGCAUGAUGGAAACUGUUUUUGAUUAUGUGCAAUUUAUAAAAUUUGGAUACUAUGGUCA